AUGGGAAGAACCUCAGGAAAAAAGAAUUUGACUGAUAACGACAAAAGAGCCAUCGUUGUGGGUCGUCAAAAUGGACUGACCAUGAUGACGUUGGCAGGAAUGUUCGGCGUGACAGAGGCGUGCAUUUCUCAGUCCCUAAAGCGUUGGAAAGCUCAAGAUGGCUCUACUAAGAGCCAACGCACUAGAAGACCACGUGUCACUGAUCGUAAUGACGAUAGGAACAUUUUGAAGACGUCUAGAACCAAUCCAAGACUCACCGCCCCUGCGAUCAGACGGGAAGUUUUCUCGAAUUCGCCAUCUCCGCCAUCCGUCUCGACCGUGAAACGACGUCUCAAUGCUGCUGGAAUCAUGGGAAGACGUCCAGUGAAAAAACCGCUGAUUUCUGAAAAGAAUCGAGCCGCCAGGGUGAAGUGGGCGAAGGAGCAUCUCAACUGGACCCGUCAAGACUGGAAUCAGAUUCUGUGGUCCGACGAAAGCAAGUUCCUCCUCUUCGGGAGUGACGGAAUUCAGUGGGUUCGUAGACCAAUUGGGUCCCGAUAUCAUCCGAAAUACCAAUUACCCACCGUGAAACAUGGUGGAGGUUCUGCAUGGUGUGGGGCGCCUUCUCUGGAAGUGGCAUCGGACCGCUUCAUCGCGUGAACGGCAUCAUGGACAAGCACGUCUACAAAGACAUUCUCCAGAACCAGAUGUUGCCGCACUUGAGAGCCAUGGGCCGUGGGAGUGUUUAUCAACAGGAUAACGAUCCCAAGCACACUUCACUGUUCGUCAAGGUGAGAAAAAUUGACAAGUAAUUCGUAUGGUUUUGAAACUCAGGACUGGUUCAAGAGCCGUCGGGUCAAUGUCAUGGGGUGGCCAAGUCAAUCUCCGGACCUGAACCCGAUCGAACAUCUCUGGGAAAAGUUGGAGCGACGUUGUGCCAACAAAAAGAGCCAAGAAUUGCAACGAGAAGUUUGCUCAACAGCUGUCUGAAUGGAAUCAGAUCCCCAUGUCUACCAUCGACACUUUGCUCAAUUCUAUGCAGAGAAGAUGCCAGGCAGUGAUUGACGCCAGGGGCUUCGCAACCAAGUACUAGGUCCCGAAUAUUGUUUUUAACAAUGUUUUGUGUUGAUAAAAAAAUUUUUUUUGUUGAGCUAUGAUUUUUUUAAUUGAAAAUAGCAAAAAAAUUCGAUUUUUUUCGAGAUUUCGUUUUUUUCUCGAAAAAAAUUAUUAUUCUUUGAGCUAGCAACUUGAAAGUUUGCCAGAACACGUAUGUCUCUCUCAGAAAACUAUGAAAAAAAAUUUGAAUCGAUAUCGCACUUCAAAAAAAUUUAUCCCCAAAAAAACCAAAACUUAAUAGACUUUUUGAGCGGUACUGUACAAUGUCAAAAAAUCAACAAAAAGGUUCCAAAUUUCAGGCCGCGUCUUGAAAAUGGUGACGGAAAUGGGAUCGGCGACGAUCGGAGGGAUCUCGCCGGCGCUUUCCGCCAACGCCGCCAAGUCGUUCUUGGAGGCCACCGACAAGGAAAAGAAGGAGCUCCAGGUGAGAUUUUGAAGUGAUAUAGCCUGUGUGACACGACUUGAAAUUUCACGGAACGACAUUCCGCUGUUCCGCUGCGCGCGUUCGCGAAGCGUCUUUCGAACCUAGGUCACGCUUCCAAUUGAUUGUUAUUGCUGUGGGAGCACAUUAAAGUAGAGUACCUUGAUGAAAAAAAAAAUUAAAAGCGCGACCAAGGUUUGCAAAGGCACGCAGCGGCACAGCGGAAUGUCGUUCCGUGAAAUUCCAAGUCGUGGUACACAGGCUAUAGGAAGUCAGAAAGUAAAAUAAGCUCUCUAGUUUAGUCUGGAUGAUUUUUUUUUUGAGGAUUUGAAGGAAACUGAUUUAGAAGUUUAUAUGAGAUUAUUUGACGACUCAAAAACAAAAGGAAAAUAAAAAAUCAUUAGUCAGCUCUAUAAGAAGUACCAGAGAAGCGGGAAAGUCACUUUUUUCGCUUUUUUUGCAGAUUUUGUAGAUUUUUAUCAGGUUAAAUGACUAUGAGUCCGAUUUUAUAGUGCUAAAAAGAGUCCAGUGGGCUUUGGACCUUUAAAAAAAAAGUUACGGUAUUCAGAAUUAUCCAAAUAAGGUACUAGAAAGGUCUCAAAUUCGAAAAUAAACAAAGUCUAAUUCAAAAAAAAUUUUAGAAGUUCCUAGAGGGUGGCGAAAAAAUGUUUUCAGAAGUCGAAAAUUUUUUUUCAAGUCAAAAUCAGAAAUCUGAUUGGUCAAAUCGAAAUCGAAGCAAUUUUUGAAGUUCGAAAGUAGAUUUUCAAAAAAUUAGGAAAAUCAAUGCAGUUCAGUAACAUGGUAAAAAAACAACUUACAAGAUCAAAUUUUUUUAAAACUCUUAUGAAUAAAAAAAGAAAUAAUAAUCACUAUCUAUUCCAGAGAGAAAUUUUAAGCUUUCAAGUCUGCAAAAAUCGUUUUUUACUGAUUUUUUUAAAUUUUUCUAACUUUUUCAUCAAUAAAUGUUCCAUUAAAAAUCACAGUAACUCAUAAAUUUCAGAAUAAAUACUUGAAUCAUUUUAAUUUAUAAACAAAAAAACUGACAGGGACUCAACGACCGCCUCGGCAACUACAUCGACCGGGUGAAGAAGCUCGAGGAGCAGAACCGAAAACUCGUCGCCGACCUCGACGAACUCCGCGGCAAAUGGGGCAAGGACACUUCUGAAAUCAAGGUUUGCUCUUUGAAAAAUUAUAAAAAAAAGCCUUUAUUGAAAAAUUGUUUCAAAACCAUUGAACAGUUAAACGUCCGGAAUUUAUCUCUUUUUGAAAUUAAAAAAAAAUAUUUUUAUGAUUUUUUUGCGAAUACUCCAAGGCGCAAUAAUUUGGAGAAAAGAUAGAAGGAAAGAAAAAUUGGAAAUUGAAUAAAAAGACAAAAACAGAAGAAAAUGAGAAUUUAGUGAGAGCCCUAUUUUUGUGCGAAAAUAGGUCAUAGGUCAAAAUGGCAAAACGUACGAAAUAAGUCUGAUUUUUUUCAUUUUGAAGCUUUUUUUGAGAUCAGAAUAAUCUAUUUUGUAGAAAAAAAGAGAAAUUUGCAAAUUAAACUGUUUUUAGAUAAGCUUGAUCAAAUCUUGAAUGUCUCGCUUUGCUGAAAAAAUCGAUCGGUUAAAUUUUUUUCUGGAUUCCACGAAAAAUUUUAUUCAACAAUGUUAGCCCAGAAUUUGAAGAAUCUAAAGAUUUUCGUUACCCAUUGAACGUAGUUAACUUUUCAUGUGAGAUGAAGAAUGAAUCAUUUUUAAAAAUUCCGGCGAUUACUGUAGGUUGGUGGUGCAGACACAGUCGAUGAAUACACAACUAGCGGCAUUUUAUUUCACGCGCAUUUCAGAAAUUUUUUACAGUUUUUGUCUUUUUUUUAAAAUGCUUUUGGCUUCAAUUUUCGUUUCCCAACAAAAGUUUACAGAUCAAGUACUCGGAAUCGCUUUCGACGGCCAGAAAGGAUAUUGACGAGGCCGCCCGACGAAAGGCCGAAAUCGACGUGAAAGUCGCCAGACUUCGCGACGAUCUUGCCGAGUACCGCUCACGGUUUGGCUUUCUUUACUUGUUUUAGAUGAUAUAUUUCGUUUUGAGAGUUUUCGGAAUGAAAAAAUUGGAGAAAAAGCUGAAAAAUAGCUAUAUUUUGAUAUAUUUCUUCAUUUUUUUCAGGAAUCCAAUAAAAAUAAUAUUGUAUUUUUAAUAGCUUUUUCGCAAAAAUUAAGCAUGAAAAUUGUAGAAACCGACCUGCUUUUUAAAUAUUAAAAAAAUUAUAAUUUUUUUCAAUUUUUUUCCGAGUUAUCUUUUUCGUAACUGUUUCACUUCAGAAAAUGGAAAAAUAGUAUUUUUCGUAAAUUUCAACUUUUUCUCUUUUUUUUAAAGUUGUAAAAUUACUUUUUGUACUGCUUACCACAAUCUUACAAUCUUACAAGUCCACUGUAUUGAAUUGAAAACAUUUUGAAUUUUUUAUUUUUUCCUCCAAUUUUUGCCCGAUUUUUGUCUUUUUCCUGUCAGCCAAUCAAUCAUUCGUAGUUUUCCAAAUCGGGUAAUAGUAGUAAACGUUCCUAAGAACGAUAGGAGAAGGGAAAAUUUCCGGUUUUCACAGCCACACCCAUCACAUUUCACACCCAAAAAUUGCCGUUUUUUCGAUUCAUUCCAAUAAAUUGCCUUUCCUUACAAGGAAGGUCGUUUUACUUUUCUGUUGGAAUUUCUUGAAAAUUGGUCGGAAGACUUCUUGGUGUACUAAAUGAAGAUUCUGGUAGUCUCAACCUGCAAAACUUCUUAGUUUUUGAGAAAAUACGCCUCAAAUUCAGUGAGAACCCUACCAUUGAAAAUCCAUUGAAAUAGGCCAUUUUGAGCCCUUGUUUCUGGAAAACUCGGAAAUUUUACAGGUUGAUCAUUUCAGAAUCUUUUUCUAGUACAUCAAAGAGUAUUCUGGCAAAAUUUCCGGAAUUUCCCGACCGAAAAGUAAAAUUACCUUACCUCCUUUAAGGUCAUUGCAGAAGGAGAAAAAAAUUUUCAUGGAAAAAAAUGAAAGAUAUUUCUGAAGAGGCAUCAUCGGACUUGUAUGUUUGCUUCAAACAUUCAGUUUCGUUUUUUUCUUCUUUUAUUUGCUCUUUCUCGAAAAUUUCUCGAUUCUUGGGGUUGAUAGCGAUUUUUUUGAUGGAAUUUUGAAGAUGAUCGAUUUUUUUCGGAUUUGAAGACUUUUGAAAUUUUUCUUGUACGUGUCUUUUUUUGCGAAGUAAAGUUCAAAUAGUUUAGCAAGCUAUUUUCAAAAAAAAAAGGCUUGAAUCGAGGAAAACUGUGUUAAUUUUCUAAAUUUCAUUACUGAACUUCAACGUGAAAAUUUUUUUAACGGAUUUUGAAACAGUAAACAACAGACAGUAAAAAUUAAAAAAAAACCUUUUCUGCUCGAAAAUCGAUUUCAAAGAGGUCGCAGGGAUUUCAAAAACUUGUCAAAUCAUGACGUCACUUGAAAAUUCAAAUUUCAAGCAAGCGCUUUAGGGAAAAAAUUAAAAGCCACUUUUUUCGAUUUCACAAACUAUCACUUUUUUUCGACCGAAUUUCAAGAAAAGUUAUGAAUAUUUUUGAAGCUUCCUUGAAACAGCAAUUUCAGAUAUGAAGACGUCCAGCAUCGUCGGGAGUCCGACCGCGAAAAGAUCAACCAAUGGACGAAUGCCAUUGCUGAUGCUCAAUCUGAGCUCGAGAUGCUCCGCGCCAGGUGAGGAGCCAUUUAAGGGUACUUUGUGCGAAGUAUCAGGUUGAAAGGGGCUACUUAAGGAUUUUUUUUUUCUCUCGAAGAAUUAGGUUUUACAAAGUCGUAAGGGGCCACUUAAGGGUUUUUUCUCUCAAGGAAUCAGCUUGUAUAAGGGACCACUUAAGGGGGCUUCUAUUCAAAGUAUCAAGUUUCAAGGGGCAACUUAAGGGUUUUUUUUCUCAAAGAAUCUGUAUAGGGUUUUCAUUCACUACUGCUGCGUUCAAAGCUUCUUUGAACAGAAAUUCAGAUUCACGGGUUUUCUCCAGGGCUCCUAAGUACUCUUAAGUGACCUCUUCAACCUAAUUUGUCGCAUUACCUCAAACUUAAACGGGGCAUAAAGAUUCAAGCAGUUUUUUUUAAACCAUGAUUCCAGAAGCAAAAAAAAAUGACUUUCCUGCUUCAAAGGUUAUCCAAAACUAUUUUUGAUCCACUCAGAUUAUUCUGAAAAACGCGCAAAAUGAGCUUCAUAUGGAGAUUCUAGAACAUGAUUUUUCAAAAAUCAAGGUUCUAUGAGCGUCAAUAAUUUCUUUUUUCCAAAAUUUCCCCGUUUCAGGUCUCUUCCUUAAGUUCUUUAGAGUCAAGUUAAUGAAUCCCAAAAAAAAAAUCCCAUUCCCAAGUGUCCACUCAAGGGAUCUAAAACUAUAAAAAAGCGUUUCAGAUACAAGCAGCUGACUGAGGAGGAGAAGCGUCUCAACAACGACAACGCUCGCAUCUGGGAAGAGCUCCAGAAGGCCAGAAAUGUACGAACGACGUCAUAAAAUACAUCUAAUGACGUCAUUUGAUCUUAAGGACCUCGACGAAGAGACCAUUGGCCGCAUCGACUUCCAGAACCAGGUUCAGACCCUCAUGGAGGAGCUCGAGUUCUUGCGACGGUUCGUGGUUCGAGUCCGCUCGGCGUUUUUGCCAUUUUUUGCCAAUUUCGACAAUCCAUUCGAGCUUUUGUAGUGUUUUAAGGAGUAAAUUCACUAGAGGGACUACUUCAAAGUCUUGAAAAGGGUUCCUGGUUCGAGUCCACUCUCCGUUUUUGUCUUUUUUGCCAUUUUUUUAAUCUCCUGAGGGAAAAAUUCACUAGAGGGACUACUUCAAAACAAGUAAGUAGGUUCUUGGUUCGAGUCCUCUCGGCGUUUUUGCCAUUUUAUUUUUACGAAUUUUGACCAUCAAUUCGAGUUUUGUAUAUAUUGAUAAAUUUACUAGAGGGAAUUCUUUGAAGUCAUGAAAAAGGUUCUUGGUUCAAAUCCGCUCGGCGUUUUUGCCAUUUUUUUGCGAAUUUUUUCGGUUGAUUAGAGCUUUUAUACUGUUUUAAGAGGCAAAUUCAAUAGAGGGACUACUUUAAAGGCUCGAAAAAGGUUUCUGGUUCGAUUCCGCUCGGUUUUUUUUGUCUUUUUUGCCAUUUUUUUUCAAUCUUCUAAAGCGAAAAUUAACUAGAGGGACUACUUCAAAACAAGUCAGUAGGUUCUUGGUUCGAAUCCGCUAGGCGUUUUUGCUUUUUUCGAAAAAAAAACCCCUGUUUUACUAGGAUUUGAAUUGAUAUAUAUGCCAGGAAGACCACUUUGAAGCUUUAAAAAAGGUCCCUGGUUCGACUCCGCUCGGCGUUUUUUUUAUUGAGUGGAAGUUUUUGAUAUUUUUGUCCGCAAAAAUUUCAUUAUAGUCUAACGGUUCUUCUUAUCAACUUUUAUGACAUUAAAAAUCGAUGUGGCCACUUAAGAGCUUGAAAAUAGGUUCCUGUUUCGAGUCCACUCGGCGUUUUUGCUGUUUUUGCUAAUUCUAGGUAAUUCUUAUUUUUGCAAUUUUCUUCCCAACUUUUUUUCUUCCAAAAAUUUUCUCUAAGCAAACUCAAAGUAUACUCUGAUCUAUUCUCAGUGAUAAGGUAAAAGUUCAUUUUUUUUUUCCCCAACUUGCCGCCAAAGAAGCUUAGGGGAGAAGAAAAAACGCUUUCUAAUCGCCUUUUCUUCAAGUUUCUGUGUUUGUUCAAGGUAUCAAGUAGAAAUUCCUCCAACAUUUUAUCUUUUUCUUCGCUGUUCUGUAGUGACAAAAAGAGAGAGUUUUAGUGUGAGAACUUGAUCGAAUCAACCGAAAUCAAUAUCUAUUCUCUAGAAAUAAAAUCAACAAGGCAUUUCAUCAUUUUUCACCAGAGAGCAAUUUUUCGAGAAAAGUUGGCAAAUUAUACAUGAAUAGAAAGAUUUUUGUGACAAGAAAAACUUUGGUGACAACAGAAAAAAAUUGAAAUUUGAAAGAAACGAAAAAAAGCGAAAAUCCGAAAAAAAUGGCGAGUUUUGUCCAUAGAGCAACUUUACUGCAAAGCGCCCUUUUGGCGGGAACUCAAACUUUCCUUUCUCCGACUUUGAAUUAUUUUUUCUUUAAAACUAGGAAGUUCGGUACGUUUCCAAGUUCACCGUUCGAUUCGCAAUGAAAAACUCUACUAAGUACUGCUUUGAACUGAAACACCGUUUUUUACUGCCCCUAUGCCUUUAAAAAGAGAAAAAACUAAUGGUUGCUAAACCAUUUUUUCUUUUUCAAAUGGUUCAGCAACCAUUAUUUUGUUCAAGCUCAAAACUAGCCAAAAUCACAGUUUCAGAGUGAAAUUAAACCGCUCGAAUAAAAAUUUUAAGCAAUUAGUUAGUAUGGGCAAGAAAUAGUUUAAAAAAAUCGUAUUUUUUCAACAAAACCAGCGGUUUUUACGGUAUAAAUUGGCUCCUUCAGUACCUUUCCGAACAAAUUCAUUUUUAUAUUGGAAAAAAAUCGCUCUAAAAAUCAUCCCAAUCUCUAGUUUCAACUCGAAAAAAAUCCCAUAGAAACAGCAAAAUUUUUUUGAAUAAAUUAAAAAAAUUCAGCUAAGAAAUCAAUUUUUCAUUUCAAGUGUUUAUUCGCCAUUCCGCAAUCAGCACGACAAAUACAAAAAAAAAUAAAACAUCAAAACAAUCAAAUAAAUCUAACAUCUGAUCUGUGGAAACGGCUGGAGGAAAAGAUUGUCUGAAUAGACGGUGCUAACCCGUUCGAAAGAAAAAGAGAUUUAAUCUGAAAAAAUUCAUUAAUUGGCGGUUUUUGAAUGAAAUAAGCUGAAUUUAGGUUAGAAACUUGCUUAAUUUUGUGAAUAGAUCAUCGAAGGUCAGAAUGUGACUAAAAAAAAUGAUCGAAUUCGAAUCUAAGCUCAAAAUUCUUUUUAAAGCUCACAAAUAAUCAUUUUUUUAAGCUUCAGCUUCAAAAAUCCAUUGAAAAACCUUGAAAAACAUAAAAUCGAAGCUUUAGCCCUGAAACUUCAUUAAAAAAACCCUAUAAAUCAUCAAAAAUUCGAAGAUUUAGCCUCAAAACUUGAUUCAGAAGACCCUAAAAAUCCUCAAAUUUUGAAGCUUUAGCCUUGAAAAUAUAUCAGAAAACUAUAAAAAACGUCAAAAUUCGAAGCUUUUUGACAUGAACUUCAUCCAAAAGCCAUAAAAAAAACAUCUAAACUUAAUUCAAAAAACCCAAAAAACGACAAAAUUUGAAUUUUAGCCUUGAAAAUUCAUUGAAAAACCCUAAAAAUCAUCAAAUCUCAAAGUUUUAACCUUUGAAACUUCAUCCAAAAGCCAUAAAAAACAUCAAAACUUGAUUCAAAAAACCCAAAAAACGACAAAAUUUGAAGCUUCACCCUUGAAACUCUACAAAAAUCUACCCGAAAAAUCAUCAAAAUCAUUUUCCAGUGUCCACGAGCAGGAGGUCAAGGAGUUGCAAGCUCUCUUGGCUCAAGCCCCAGCCGAUACUCGCGAGUUCUUCAAGAACGAACUUGCUUUGGCCAUCCGGUCAGUCUAAUCAUCAAAGUAAUCAAUAAAUCGAUAAGUUUCUAGCGAUAUCAAGGACGAGUACGACUACAUUGCUAAGCAGGGCAAGCAGGACAUGGAGAGCUGGUACAAGCUCAAGGUAUGAAAAAUACUUCCAAAACUCGAAAAAUCUGCCUCGAGACCCUUUUUUAUUAUUUCUCUCAGGUCCCUCGAAAAUUUUCAAGUUCAGAUCUUCACUAUUUGCUCAUGUGUAGGUGGAGGGAAAAGAGAGGGACACAAAAAAAAGUGAUAAGAAAACGAUAAAGAUUAGUUGAUUCAACUUAGAGUUGUGGAAUUUGCUACGCUCAGAGUUUUAAAAUCAAAAAAAAGAAAAAUGGCAACUAUUAAGGGUUAAAAGUGACGUCACGGCAUGCUGAAUGACGUCAUUAGGAAGAGAAAUAAUAAUAAUUAAACUAUAAAUUUCUUAGAAAAAAACAUUUUUUUCGAAGCUCGAUAUUUUUUUCAGUACCAAGAAAUGCUAUGCUUGAAAAAAAUUUUAGGAAAAAUUCGGAGGCAAUUAGUUAAAAAAAUAAUGACGUCAUAAUUUAAAAAAAUAGAUGACGUCAUCUUUGACAAAUGAAUUUAAACUAGAUCCGAUUUUCAAAAAAAUUCGUCUAAAAAUAAAUCUAGAAAAAUUAUGACGUCAUUAAAAAAUUUAAAAAAAAGAAGGCGACAUGAUCGAUUUGAUCAAAAACUCGAUUAGGAUCGGAAUAGCUACAAAAAAAUGACGUCAUUAAAUUAAAAAUGAUGACGUCAGAAAUAUAUUCUUAAUAAGUUUUGAACUGCUAAAAUAUAGUUAGUGUGUAGAAAUUUUAACUAGAAGCGACAGAAAAAAAUAAUGACGUCAUAAUUUAAAAAUUGAUGACGUCAUCAUCGACAAAUCAAGUGAAACUAGAUCCGAUUUUCAAAAAUGCGCCGAAAAAUAAGUCUAGAAAAAUAUGACGUCAUUAAAAGUUUGAAAAAAGGCGACAUCAAUAAAAAAAUUUCUAGUUGACCAAAAAGCGUUGAGAAUCUCAAACCUAAAAAAAAGUGACGUCAUUUAAAUAAAAUAAUGACGUCAGAAAUUAAUUCUUAAUAAAUUUUAGACUGCUAAAAUACAGUUUGAGUGUAGAAAAUUGGGCCAGAAGCGACAGAAAAAAAUUAUGACGUCACUCUGAACCAAAGUGACAUCAUCAACCACAUGAAUGACGUCAUAAUUCCAGGUCUCCGAAGUGCAAGGAUCGGCCAACCGUGCCGCCAUGGAGUCCAACUACCAACGCGAGGAGGUCAAGAGAAUGCGCGACAAUAUCGGUGACCUCCGGGAGAAGCUCGGUGGCCUCGAGAACAAGAACGCCCUGCUCGAGAAGGAGGUCCAGAACCUCAACUACCAGGUAUUCGGGAAGAACUGGGAAGUGAUCUAAACGUGACGGGGGUUCAGCUCACCGACGACCAGCGACAGUACGAAGCUGCGCUCAACGACCGCGACGCGACCCUCCGACGAAUGCGCGAGGAGUGCCAGACCUUGGUAGGGCUUUUCGGGUUUUUUACGGGAGGUUUUGGGGUUUUGGAGGAUGACUACUGACUUCUAGGUAUCCUAUGUGUAUCGGAACACUAAAAAAGGUCUAGUAAGCUUCAGGAAAAUCAAAAAAAGCUCGAAUCUUUCGCGGUUGGUAAGGCUUUUUGAGAUUCUCACCGGGGACAGUUAGCUUCUAUUUUUUUAGAGGAUGAGUACUAAAUUCCCGAAACUAGAUUUAUCGGAACACUGAAAAAAGGUCCAGUAAGCUUCAUGAAAUCGGCAAAAGUUCCAAUUUUUUGCGGUUAGUAAGACUUUUAGAAUUUUUUCGUGACGAAAGUAAUUUCUGAGUUUUUUAGAAGAUGAGUAUUUAAUUUUAGGUGUUCUAGGUGUCCUAAUAUUGAAAAAAAAGUCUAGUAAGCUUAGGAAAAUCAGCAAAAGUUCCAAUUUUUGCGGUUGAGAAGGACUUUUCGAGAUUCUCACCGGGGACAGGUAGCUUCUGUGUUUUUUAGAGGAUGAGUACUGAAUUCCUGAAACUCUAGAUUUAUUGGAACACAAGAAAUCGAAAAAAGUAUUAAACUUUUGCGGUAAAAAUCAAAAAAAGAAAUGUCGAAAGUUUUCAAAAAUUCCAACUUGAUCUAGAGGUUGUUGGUCAUGAAAUUUUCCAGCUUUUAAAUUUUCUAGGGGAAAAAUUUGGAAAAAGUUCAGAUUUUUAGGCUUUAUAGGUUCCCAAGGAUGUAAACCUUAUUCGGUUGGAACUUCGUUCUUUUUUUCUAGUAGCUUCAGAAGGACCUAAAAACGGCCCAUAAAACUUAAUCUGGCGGUCUUAUCUAGUAAAUUCCCUUUUUUUUCAGGACAUUAAUCGGAUUUUGGUCACCCCUAGUUCUAUUAUUAAGUUAUCUAUUGAUAAACCUAUCAAAGAUCUCAAAUUUCUCAGGUCGCCGAACUGCAAGCCCUGCUCGACACCAAGCAGAUGCUCGACGCCGAAAUCGCCAUCUACAGGAAGAUGUUGGAAGGAGAGGAAAGCCGGUGAAUAUUUUUUCCGAUUCUUAUCAGUUCCUUCCGCUCUAAUCUACUAUCAUCGAAAAUGUCAUUUGGUUGAAAACGUGGCAUGGAAAACAAAUAGAAAGUUUGGUUUCACUGAAAAAUUACUUUUUUCGAAGCGAGUCCAAUUUUCGAAGAAAGUUUAGCCAUGGAGCACACAAGCUGCAAAAAAAGCGGCGAUUUCUUCUCGGAUGUCUUUUUUUAUGCAGAUCCUAUUCAAAAUAGCAUAAAAUUCAGCUACUGAAAAUCAACGAAAACCUAGCGAUUUCGAAUAAAUUCUAGCCAUGGAGCACACAAGCUGCAAUAAAUGCGGCGAUUUCUUUUCAGGUGUCUUUUUUUAUGCAGAUCCUAUUCAAAAUAGCAUAAAAUUCAGCUACUGGAAAAUCAACAAAAAUUAAGCGAUUUCGAAGAAAAUUUAGCCAUGGAGCACACAAGCCGUAAUACAUGCGGCUAUUUCUUCUCAGAUGUCUUUUUUUGCAUAAAAUUCAGCUCUUUUCUCAAAUAGGCUAUAGAAAAUGUGGAAAAUCUGACUACGUGGGCAAGUUAUUAACAGAAAACAAAAAAGGUACAAAAAAAGUCGAUUUUCAACCUACAAGGAAAAUAAUUUCAUUUCAGGAACUGCUUGAAAAUCUGUCAGAACACACUUUAGAGUACCAAAAAAGGAUUCUAAACGCCUUAAGCUGCGAAAAUUCCUAGUUUUUGAGAAACGAGGGCUUGGAGUCAAAGAAAACCUUCAAAAAGGCCAUUUUUGGGGGCUUCAUGCCCUUAUUUCUUGAAAACAAGGAAGGUGUGCAGAUUGAAUUUGGUUCUGUUGUGACAGAUUUUCAUGCAGAUUUUGUUCCAAAUUAGCUUAAAAUCAAGCUUUUUUUUCGCAAAUAGUCUUCAGAAAAUGUUAAAAAUCUAACAACGUGGGCAAGUGAUUAAUAGAAAACAAAAAAGGUACAAAAAAUUAGUUUCAAGAUCUAGAAGUGUAGACAAAAAUAAAGUCAAGCUUCAAUUUGAGGAAGCUCUAAAAUGGAACUCCAAAAAGACGCCACAACACUUUCUCUGACAUACACUAUUUCUUCAUUUUCUCGCAGCAGAUAACGACGAAAUAGUGUGUGUCAGAGAAAGAGUUGUGGCGCCCUUUUGGCGCUCCAUGUCAGAGAGCGAGCAUUGACCUUAAAUCAGAAUGAUCCCAUGAAUCCCGAGAUCGAACUUGGGACCCUUUGAACCGUAGACAGGCACACAACCUGUUGCGCUACGACGCCAUUUUUUAUUGAUUUAUCAAAGUGCCGCUUUUCCAGUGUGGGACUUCGCCAGAUGGUCGAACAGGUCGUCAAGACGCACUCCCUGCAGCAGCAAGAAGACACCGACUCGACGAGAAAUGUUCGCGGCGAGGUCUCCACGAAGACCACCUUCCAGCGUUCCGCUAAGGUUCCGACUCUUUUUGAAUAAAUUCUAGGGAUCAAGGUUUUUUCCAGGGUUUUAGAGAAGUUAGUUGAUGUUCUAGAAAAGUCUUUGAAUUAUCAUGAUGGGAAGAAACGAUUUUUACAAAAGAUUUUUUGGAAAAAUCAUAAAAAAAAUUGAAUUUUUCACAUGAGAAAUGGACCCUAAAUUCACAUGUUAAAGUGUAAAAACCCCCUUUUUUCACUUUUUCAGCUCUUAUGACUGAAAAAUUGCCACCUUUUCCUCAAAUUCUAGUCAAAAUUUGAACCCUUAUAGCAUUUCUAAUAGACUGUCCCACAAGAAAAAUUCAAUCGAAAAAAAAAAAUCCUGACUCAUCAAACAAUUUCCUCGCAAACUAAUCUCCCUUAUCAAUAUGUCAACUAGUACUCUUCAAUUUGGAGGCUGAGUCAUUUGGAAAAAAAAAAUGAUAAGGUUGAGAUUUUUCGGGAAAGGAAGGAUGACUAAUCAAUAAUCGAUCGAUUUUCCAGGGCAAUGUGACGAUCGCCGAGUGCGACCCCAACGGCAAGUACAUCACUCUUGAGAACACCCACCGAAGCAAGGUAAUUAAUUAAUUAAAUAAUUAAGGUAAUUUUACAUCAGUUGGAUUUUAGAGAUUUUAUAUGAAAAAAUUCAAGCUUCUAUCUCAUUUUUAGGAGUUUUUUCUGUUCAAAAAUCAUUCCCAAGGACUGAAAAUCCUAUAGGACUUGAAAAAAUACAGUAAGCGGCUUUUCGCCUCGAGACCUUCAAAAAACAUUUACCUAUGCUCCUUCAAAAAUUUUUGAACAUAAGGAGAUCUAAUCUUAAAUAUUCGCCUCGAGACCUCCAAAAAUAAUUCGCCCAUGCUCCUUUAAAAGAUUUUGAAAAUAACAAGAUCUAAUCUUAACUAUUCGCCUCGAGACCUUCAAAAAACAUCUACCUAUGCUCCUUUAAAAGAUUUUGAGCAUAAGGAGAUGUAAUCUUAAAUUUUCGCCUCGAGACCUUCAAAAAUAAAUCGCCCAUGCUCCUCUAAAAGAUUUUGAACAUAAGGAUAUGUAAUCUUAAAUACUCGCCUCGAGACCUUCAAAAAUAAAUCGCCCAUGCUCCUCUAAAAGAUUUUGAACAUAACAAGAUCUAAUCUUAACUAUUCGCCUCGAGACCUUUAAAAAACAUUUACCUAUGCUCCUUUAAAAGAUUUUGAAUCUAAUCUUUCCAUUUUCAUCUUAAAUUGAAGCGAGAAUGUACUCAAAACGCGUUUAAACACUGUUUACGAGCUUUCUACAACUUCUUCCAUUAUUUCUCUUAUCAAUCCAAUGUCAAAGCUUCUUUCUUAUCAACUGGAAUUAGGCAAUAAAGAAUAGAAAUUGAUAAGUUUGUAGUAAAAACCAAGCGUCAUCUUUGUUGCCAUUGGAGUUGAAAAUGUCAUUUUUUGGGAGGUCGGAAGUUGGAUUGAAGCUUCAAAGACUAUUUCUAUUGAUGCUGAAGCUUAGGGACAAAAAAAACAUAGGAAAAAGGGUUUUGGAUUUAUUUUAGUCGGGAAAAGAAGCAAAAACUUGUUUUAAUCGAUUUUUAGAAAAUAUCUAUGAACGCUUAAGAUCUCCUGAUAAUAUCAAAAUAUGAAAUUUCAGUCUUAAAAACUCGUAAUUUCUUUUUGAAGCUAGUUAGAAGAGCUUGAAUGUCUUGAAAAUCUCAAAAUCUGUCGAAAAAUUGCUGAACUUAGGACGAGAACCUCGGCGAGCACAAGUUGAGAAGAAAGCUCGACAACCGCCGCGAGAUCGUCUACACCAUCCCAGCCAACACCGUCCUCAAGGCCGGCAAGACCAUGAAGGUUGGUUUGAAAUCGGAAAAGGGUGAUAAGACAAUAUCAGAUCAAACGAAGACAGGGAGAGUCAGGUUGAAAAGUUAAUAAAAAAAUCGGAAGACUUGGAAAAGUCCCAAAAAGUUUUUAUUCACAUGAGGCUGGAAAAAAAUCAAGAAGGUUCAAAAAAAAGAACUUUUUUUGACUUUUUGACACUUUAUUCAAAAAUUCUCUUUAGUACAUCGAUUUUUCGGACCACGAAGCGUUGCAGUAAUAGAUUAAGGUUCAAAAAAAUAUAGGGACAGAUCCAAUCAAUUAUAUUAAAAAUUUUUCUUAUCUUUAAAAUUCAAUAAUGAUUUUUCUAAAUGCAAGGUCAUGCGUUGUAGCAGGCAGAAAGAGACAUUUUUUUAAUAGUUAUGAUUAUUUUAAUAGUUUCAUGGCUUUCAGGAAUUCUCAGUACCUUACUUCAAUAGUCCCGAUAUCAUCAAUUUAUUACAGAUCGAUCUUUAAACUUUUUCCGAAACCGCUACUUGAAGAAUUAUAUUUUUAAUUCUUCCAAAACCAUCAUUUUCUCCCAGAUUUAUUCUUCAAAUUCUUCCAAAAUUACCACUUUCUAAAAGUACUUUGAAAUCCAUCCCUUUCUCAAAAAUCUAUCUCCCAAUACUUCCAAAACCACUAAUUUCCUUGCAGAUCUACGCCCGCGAGCAAGGAGGCGUCCACUCGCCCCCAGAUUCGCUCGUCUUCGACGGCGAGAACACCUGGGGCAUCGGCGCCAACGUCGUCACUUCCCUCGUCAACAAGGACGGCGAGGAGCGCGCCACGCACACCCAGAAGACCCUCCAGACCGGACAGUAG